UUGUCUUGGCUACGACUGAGUUAUGGCAGCUGCAAGGGUGUUGAGUUUUGUGCUAACAGUUUGUGUACUCAAAGGAUUGUGUUCCCCCAUUGAAAACGCCAAUCAAGAGGACAUCUCUGUGCAGCGAAUCCGAGACGUGCUGCAGUAUUAUGAUUACAUAAAUGCCCAAAAAGGGCUUCAAUUAAAGGAGAACUCCAAUUGGCAUCAAGUUUUGGGUCUUGACACUGACCAAUUUGACAAUGAUAGUCCGAUGGUCACAAUGGCUGUCUCUGUUACAACUGGUGGUUCUGCGUCCAGCGACAUGGAUCUUGUGACUGCCAAGACCACCACUACCGGUGGCGGUGCCAAUGCCACAACCACCGACGGCCUUGUUAAUGCUACUUCCAACGAUGGCUACCCCAAUGCCACAGCCAGCAGUACCAACGUCACAGCUAGCAAUGACGGCCCCAACUACGCUACCACUGCCAGCCCUGUUAAUGCUACAGCUAACGACGGCUACCCCAAUGCCACAGCCAGCAACACCAACGUCACAGCUAUCAAUGACAGCCCCAACAACUCAACCACCGCCGGCCCUGUUAAUGCUACAGCCAACGACGGCUACCCCAAUGCCACAGCCAGCAGUACCAACGUCACAGCCAGCAAUGACGGCCCCAACAAUGCAACUACCGCCGGCCCUUUUAAUGCCACUUCCAAUGACUGCUACCCCAAUGCCACAGCGAGCACCAGCAGUACCAAUGUCACAGCUAGCAACCAUGACCCCAAAGGGUUUCCUAACAACACAGGAGGUGGUGCCAGCGGUCCUGCUAACAAUGUCACAGCCAUUGGCGACUGGCAUGCCAGUCUGCAACAGCACUUUAACAUCACAACCAGUGUCCACAAGUUUUAA